AUGGGAGCCGUUGACGAGUUCAACAGCUUGGCUUUCGAACGCCUCGAGCUCGCCGCCACCUACACCGAUCUCUCCCUGCAAUUGGAGAAGCUGCUCGAGGAGGUCAGGAGUGAGACUUCGAGAGCUAGAUCCAUCAAUGGCCUUACGUUGACGGCCGCCGCCGGACUUGGCGCCACCGAUCUCGAGCCGUACACAAGGGUAAACGUCAGUGGAGACGACUUCUGGCUUCAGGACCUCGAAGCGUCGGAGGAGGGCGACAGCAAGGUACGAAAGCGGACAUCGACGAAGGGCAAUUCGGAUGAGGAGCCCAAGGAGAAGGCCGACGAGAAGAAGCAGGGAUUGCCGCAGGGCGCCUUCCGCCCGUUCGGCAUCUUGGAGCCGAAUUCGGCAAAGUUGCGCAUCGUCCUCUACACGCCCGACAAGCGGCCCGUCCAUCAGAUUGUGCUGCAGCGGGGCGAAGAGUUUCGCCACCAACUCUCCUUCAACGGGCUGUACGUCUACUUCCGCCAGGUGCAAGAGACCGAGAAGCAGCUCUCCAUCGUCUUCGCCGAAGCUCAAGGAGAAGCACUGCUCACUUUUACGGCCUGGGUGAGUUUACCACGAGUUGGACGAGUUCAUGUAAAAUACAAAAAAUGGGGAAGGAGGGCACAUUCA